CCGGAAACGCGGGUUUUUUAGACUUGCCAUGUUUGAUAGUAUGAGUGAAACAUCCAAACAGAAACAAAUACCAACAACUAAUCAUGAAAAGUUAAUUGAAUCUCAUUUAAUAAAAACAGCUCAAAUAUUAGAAGAUACAUUAGAUGAACAAAUUAAUCGUUUGGAUAAUUUAAAUGAUGAUGAUUUAGAAGCUAUUCGUAAACUUCGAAUUAAGCAAAUGAAAGAAGAAUCAAAACAACAUUCUGAAUGGUUAGCUUUAGGACAUGGUGUUUAUUCUGAAUUAUCAAGUGAAAAAGAUUUUUUUACUACUUGUAAAACAUCAUCAUUUGGUCUUGUUUGUCAUUUUUAUCGUGAUUCAACAUUUCGAUGUAAAAUUUUAGAUAAACAUUUAAGUUUAUUAGCUUCAAAACAUAUUGAAUGUAGAAUGGUAAAGAUAAAUGCAGAGAAAGCACCAUUUUUAACAAAACGAUUAAAUAUUCAAGUGAUACCAACUUUAAUUCUUGUUAAAAAUGAAAAAGUAUGCGAUCGUAUUAUUGGAUUUGAUGAACUUGGUGGUCAUGAUGAAUUCUCUACUGCUAUGCUUGAAUGGCGUUUAGCUAUUGGUAAAGUGAUUAAAUAUUCUGGUGAUUUAACAGUUCCACCAGAUAUGAAUAAGAAGAAAAAGUCUACAUGUAGUAAUUUAUCAAGUAUUACUACAAAACUAUAUGACAAUAAAUCUAUGUAUAAUAAGUGUUUUGACAAUAACAAUGGUGAUGAUGAUGAUGAUAACCAAGAUAGUGAUUAAUUAGUUGUUGUUAUGCUAGUUGUAACUUCCUCUCUAUCUAUAUAACAAUUCAGUUUUACGUGGCAGUUGCUUUUUUUUUAAAUUUUGUAACCAUUAUCUCUAUACGCACAUGUAAACAUAUAGAAAUACAAAUUACAAAUCAUAUUUUACUUUGGAAUAAUGUGUCUUUGAGUUUUCAACUUCUUCAAUGUCAGCAAGAAAAAUAAAUAGGAAUACAACGGGUAAAGGUUGAUUAUCACUUUAUUGUAAUAGAAAGACAACGUCUCUCUCUCUC